CUGCAUUGGCGUGCCUUUCACGCUGAAGGAUUCGAUGACACUGAGGGCAUUCAUCACGACGGGCGGCGGGACUUUGGGCGGCGAGUCUCUGAGUUCGUGCCUGAUGCUGAUGCGACGGUUGCGGCACGGCUGAGAGCUGCGGGCGGCAUACUUCUGGGCAAGUCGAAUACGCCGGAGCUUACGCUUGCCGCCGAGACGGAUAACCUUGUGUACGGGCGGACGAACAACCCGUUCAACGUGGAUCGUACGACCGGGGGUAGCAGCGGCGGCGCGGGAGCUAUCGUGUGCUGCGGGGGUGCGGCGUUCGACAUCGGCAGCGAUACGGGCGGCAGUGUGCGCUAUCCGGCGCACUUCUGCGGCAUCGCGGGGCUGAAGCCGAACUCCGGGCGCGUGCCACGCACCGGCCAUAUCGUGUCGCACAGCAUGGGCGCGGUCGAUUCGCUGACGCAGAACGGGCCGAUGGCGCGGUAUGUGGAGGACCUGGCGCUUCUCCUGCCUAUUAUAUCGGGGCCGGACUGGAGCGAUCCGUUUAUCGUACCGAUGCCUCUAGGUGAUCCUGCGGAUGUCGAUUUAGGUGGUCUGCGCGUAUGCUUCUACACAGACAAUGGCAUACGCACGCCGACGGCGGAGACGGUAGCGGCUGUGCGGAUGGCGGCUGAUGCGCUUGCUGACGCAGGAUGCUCGGUGGAAGAGGAUGUGCCAUCCGUCAUUGCCGAGAACCCGAACAUAUCAAAUGAGCUAUCGGGAGGCGACGGCAGGGCGUGGACGAAUCGGCUGCUUGAGAAGUGGGGCACGACGGAGACUUUCCCCUAUCUUACGCGGCGAAUAGCGAGAUCGCAGGACGAUAUGGUGUCUGUGGGUGACUUUACCGCGAGGCUGGAGCAUGUUGACGGUUUCCGCAGCGCAAUGCUGGGCUUCAUGCAGGACUACGAUGUCAUCAUCUGCCCGGUUGCGGCAUUUGCUGCGCUCCCGCAUGGGGAGUCACUGAAGGACGAGAACCAGCCGGGCAUGAGCUACGCGGCGACAUACAACAUCACGGGCUGGCCCUCGACGGUCAUACGAGGCGGCACAUCGCCGGAAGGCCUGCCGAUUGGCGUGCAGGCCGUGGCGCGGCCGUGGCGCGAGGAUGUGUCGCUGGCGGUGGCGCAGUAUCUAGAAGGUGUGCUGGGCGGGUGGCAGAAGCCGCCGAUUUAG